AUGAAACAACCGUGGCAACAAUCAAAGAAGUCAGAGUUGGAAGGAGAUGGAGUUGCUGCAGAAGGAAUUGAAAAGAGAAGCUGGGGGUAUCUAAGAGAUGAUGAGAGAAAGCAGUAUUUGAACGGGGAGCAAAUGCAAUACUCAGACAGGUUAUAG